GAUGGGGUUAGGAGAAAUCGCGUAUAGUUUUCUGUCAAUAUUUUUUAGUCCUUUCAGUCAUAAUCCAGAUGAUUUGGUACAAUUUUGUGUGAUAUUUGUUAGCAAUUUUAGCAGGAUGACAGAAAACGAGAGAAGAGCAAUAUGUUUGAAAUACAUAAAUACUCUCAAGUCAAAAGGCACAAAUUUUAUAGAGUUUGAUAUAUGUCUUACUACAUUACAAGAUGAAGCUGCCUCAAGAGGAUUAGAUGACGAUAUUCUCAAGCAGCUCUUAAAUGUUAUUAUACAUAAAGAUUUAGGUGCAAUCAAACGGGUGUCAUUGAUAAAAUGUCUGAUUCCAAAGUAUAAACUAUCUGAGGAAAUAGUGAAAACUAUGAUCACUUGGUGUCUUUCUUCAUUAAAUGAUUUGCCAUUUACUGUUGGUGUAAUUAUUAUACAAUGGAUCAUAGGUAAUUUAAUUCUUAAUCUAAGAUCUGUUUGCAUUUACUAUAGUAAAAUAUUCUGUAUCGUAUAUAAAUUUCAGGCAUGUUAUAUAGCACGUCUUAUUUAUGUGCUGACAAAACCUGAAGAUGUUUCACGUAGAGAUGUCACAAGAUUAUUAACAUUUCAGAAAAGUUAUUCUAAAUCUCCAACAUAUAUUAUUGCAUUACUUUCCUUAUUUAAAUCAUAUAAACCAGAAUUAGUACCUGAGAAAAUAAAAUCAGUGAAUAUAGAAAGUGUAUGGAAACCUAUUCCUGAAGUUAUACGAUUAGCAUUAGAAGAUGCCAGAGAUCGUGCGGAAAUUCAACAGUCUUGUCAAAGCAUUCAACCUUUUAAGUGGAAUGUAAUGCAGAAAAAAACAAAGGCACUUUUACCAUCUAUUGGUUAUUUUCAUAUGGGUUCAAGUAUUUUUAAAGAUAAAGAUGCAAAGUCAAUUUUUGAUAUAAAUAGCAUAGAAGAGUUAGGAAAAUAUCAUCAGAAUAUUGAAUUGCCUUGCAAUGCUGUUUCGCUUUUGGCAAAUAUGAUUGGUUACCAUCUUCUUACAUACGCAGACUUUCAGUACCAAAGUAGAUUUUCGUACAAUCUUUACAAUACACUUACAAGAGCAUUUAUAUUGGAAAAUGGAAAAUUUUCCAAAGAAGAAAUGGAUAAAUUUUUAACUAUGACAAUCGAAUUUUCUCGAUACAUGCAGGAAGGAAUACUUAUAAUUAAACUGUUCUUUGAUGAAUAUUUAUAUUAUAAUUCAGGAGAGCAUUUGCCAAAAUUACUAGAUUUGUUGCAAUGGAUGACUUCUAUAUCAGUAACUGAGUUACGAGAAAACAUUCUAAUACAUGUACAGAAUAUAUUUUAUGAAUCAAAUUUAAACAUGAAAUGUGAAAUAAUUAGAUCUCUACAGAAACUAAUUACGAACUUUUUCGUAAGACAAGAACUUGAAGAACAGGAUCAAUAUGCAUCAUCCUUUUUGCAACAAGGUCGAUUAGAAGAUUUAGCAGAGAUCGUACCUGUGAUUACAACAAUAUUAGAAAAUCUUAUUGUUUGUGGAUUGAACAUACACAAUUACAAUGUCAUAUUGUUAUCAGAAUGUUUAGCAUUUUAUGAAGAGAUCUGUACAUUAGAAAGCCGUAGUCAUGUAUUAUCUUGGACAUUGCCGCCAUCAGCAGUCAUCUAUGGAGCAUUUAUUACGAAGAGUUGUGCUAUUUUGUCGAGAAUUUGUAGAUUACUAUUGAGAUAUCGCGAAAUGAGUCCACAUUUACGCCAGAUUAUGCCAUCAGAUAUAUACGAAGAAAAAAUUCGUAUUAUAUCUAUUUAUGCAAAUGAUAUUUAUAAAGCAUUAUGGUGUGAUGAGCCUUUUAGUGAGAAUGGUAAUCUUUUGAAAAAUUUUUCAAAAAAAGUACGCAGCGAUUUAAGAGAUUGUGAUCUGGAGACUUUAUUGAAUAUUAGCAAUCAUUAUGCUAUAUUAGCCUACAGAUGCACACUAAGUAAAAGAGGCUUAAAAAUAAAUACAAAAGAGGAUGCUAAGACUAUGGCUUUUUAUUAUUUCCCGGUAGUAAAUGAAUUUCUCGCUGCAUUUAAUGAAUGA